AGCUCACGAGUGCAGUCGCGCAUGCGCAGAUGUGCCGGUUUACUCUGAACGGGUCGCGAACUCUGACCUCCUAUAUCUGCCGUGAGCCGUCAGUUUACGAUAAUUUAUCAAAAGACACCAGUAUUUGGAUAAUUAUUCACGGUUUCAUGGUGGGCGUGUGGCUGACGAGGCGUUGCUAAGCCACGGAUCUGACAAAUCGUUAUCAUGGAUGGAGAAAGUCCCAGAAUUCAGCUGGUGUCUGCAGACGGAGGCCUACAGAUUGUGACAGAGCAGCAGUUGGCUCAGAAGGUGCAGAUAGUCACAGCCAUUGAUCAGGCUGGAGGCGGCAAACAGCAGUUUAUACUAACCAACUUGGAUUACCCCAACCAGGAAAAACUGUUCAUCAAACAAGAGAACUCACCAGCCAAGGUCAUCUUAACCUCUGCCGAAGGGUCAGCUGUCAAUCAACUGCUUUUUGCAUCACCUGAGCUGACAGGACAACAGAUCCAGUUUGUGACGGAGGGCUCAGAACAGGGCUCUACGAAGCCUCCAGUGGAGUAUUGUGUAGUUUGUGGAGACAAGGCCUCCGGCCGUCAUUAUGGAGCAGUGAGCUGUGAGGGCUGUAAGGGUUUUUUCAAGCGCAGCAUCAGGAAGAAUCUGGUGUACACGUGCCGCGGGUCUGGAGAAUGUAUCAUCAACAAACACCAUCGGAACCGGUGUCAAUACUGCAGACUGCAGCGCUGCAUGGCCCUCGGCAUGAAACAAGACUCUGUUCAGUGCGAGAGGAAACCGGUGGAGGUGUCGAGAGAGAAGCCAGCAAACUGUGCGCCCUCCAUCGAAAAGAUCUACAUCCGCAAAAACCUCUGCAGCCCUCUCGCCGCCAUGCCAACGUUUGUUAGCGAAAAAGAGACCACCAGGUCCACCAGUUUACUGGACUCCAACAUGCUCUUGAACAUACAGCAAUCACUUUCUAAACUUGACAACACCAUUUUAAUUCCUUCUUCACCAGAUCAGAAUGACUCCAGUCAGGGAGAUCUGGGUACCCUGGCCAGCGUGGUCACGUCUCUCGGUCACCUCAACAAAAGCCGUGAGAUGAUGGACAGCAGUACCGACCUAUCGGGGAUGGAGACCGCGAGCAACGAUGACAGCGUUAUGACGGACAUGCAGAGGGACGAGUCGAAUGACGUCACGCGGGCCUUUGACACGCUCACAAAGGCGCUUCAGCCCGAGGAAGGUUGUGGGGAAGAGAUGGCAGAGGGGCUUGUGGCUGUCAGGGUUGAUGAACAGUCCAGCGCUCUCCUGGAACUGGAAGGACCGCUGCUUUCAGAUAUGCACGUGCCCUUUAAGCUGAUGAUGCCGCUGCCCAUGCCAGACUUCCUGAAUCUGAAUUACAUCUGUGAAUCAGCUUCCCGUCUGCUUUUCCUCUCCAUGCACUGGGCACGCUCUAUUCCAGCCUUUCAAGCCCUUGGCUCAGAGAACAGCAUCACACUGAUGAAGGCCUGCUGGAAUGAGUUGUUUGCUUUAGGUCUGGCUCAGUGUUCACACAUUAUGAAUGUAGAAACGAUCCUCACGGCCAUAAUCAACCACUUACAGACCAGCCUGGAUGAAGACAAACUAUCCCCAGAGCGGGUGAAGCAAGUCAUGGAGCAUAUCUGGCGUAUGCAGGAAUUUUGUAACAGUAUGAGUCGCAUGAGUCCUGAUGCAUAUGAAUACGCUUACCUCAAAGCUGUGGUUCUCUUCAGCCCGGAUCACUCCGGAGUGGACGGCACCCUUCAAAUUGAACGGUUUCAGGAGAAAGCAUACAUGGAACUGCAGGACUAUGUGAGCAAAGUGUAUCCAGAGGACACAUAUCGUCUUUCAAAACUGUUAGUUCGCCUGCCCGCCCUGCGGCUCAUGAGCGCUGCAGUGACUGAGGAGCUCUUUUUCGCCGGUCUCAUCGGGAACGUCCAGAUCGACAGCAUCAUUCCCUACAUCCUCAAAAUGGAGUCUACCGACUACAACAGCCAGCCAAUCAGCAACGCUGAGUGACUGAAGCCCCGCCCAUAGCCACACCCAUCAGCUUUAAAAAGUCUUUGGCUUUGCUCACUCAGACCCUUUGGGCCAAAACAGCGAUCUUUAUGAUAUAAUCAUACAUUUCGGAUAAGAAAAUCAUUUUGUUAUGACUUUGCUUUUUCAUUUGGCCCGUUAUUAUGUCUAUAGGUUAUGUAGUAUGGAUAAAGUGGAUCACUGCAACUGCUGCGAUUGGAUCGUUUGGGCUUUUAUUGUAUUGCUGUACUUAUGUUUAGAAAAGUGUCUAUAAAGACACAGGAAGUGAAAGGAACCUGUUCUUGAGAACUUGUUCCAAAGAGAACUUUGCGCCCCCCUCCCCCCAAGCACUGACUUGUAUGUAUAUGAAUCAUGUAUAUAGGAAUAAUAAAUGUCAAAUCAAGGGGAAAAAUUUUGGUAUUUUGGCAUUUGUUCGCCUGUUCCUUUUUUUAUGAACACAUUUGAUGUGAUAUACAGGGUUCCCACGGUCACAGAAAACUCCCAUCUUUUCUCCAUCCCUGGAAAAGUCAUGGCAAUUUCUGUAGUCCAUGUAAAUUUUUUUCUGUUUAUGCUCUAAUAUAUUUAAUUAGCAAAAUAUUA